AUGAGUACCUACCUUUCUUAAAUGAUUCAAAACUUAGAAAUUGAGCAUAAUUAGAUUCCCGUGCCUGUUAUUAAAGAUGAGAGAACUAUCAUUCAGAAGGGAAAGAUAUGCUUCUAAUUCAAAGCUAUAGGGAAUAUAGCGCUUAAUGGAUUUAGCAAUUAAUAUGAAAUUCAUUACCCUGAAGAAAUUAUGAAGUAUGGUGUUUCACAGCAAGAAUUAGUUUAAAUCAUUAAAAAAAUUAAUAAGACAGCUAUGGAAAAUUGGCCAUGCUUAAAUUGCUAUUACUAUGGAAUAGGUCUCAGCUUAAUCACAUGCUGCAUAUCCUAUCUAAUUCCUCAUAUUUGUAUUACUGAUUCCGAAAACAUUGUUAAGGAGGAGCUGCAUUUAUUUAAUUAAGAAUAUUUCAAUCCUAAAGGGCUUGAGAUAGGACUAAAAAAAAACUGCUUUACCAGUUGGAUUUAAAUAAAUGAACUCACUAAAAAAGAUUAAAACAGUCUAUCCUAAAUUUCAACAAAUGACACUUAAGACGAUUGA